AUAAUGGAAAUUCCAUUCUCUCCCAAUUAACUAAUUUUUAUUAUAUAUAUAAUUUUUGAAUAAUACACACGAAAGUCAAAGCUGUCUGUUUAAAAUGAACAUGGAUUGAGGCUCAACCCUUGAGUUGAAAGUGCAGCAUUGCACUCCUCUCCGUGUGCGCGCGCGGCGAUCCUGAAGCGGAACCUUUGUCGUUUGCAGUUGUUCCCCUCCGGAACCUCUGUCUGGUUGGACAUGGCGGACAAAUGGGAGCAGUUGUGCGGCGAGGAGAGGCUCCGGCCGAGUCUGAAGAACCUGACAGAGCCGGGGCUGAGGACCGGCCGAGUGAGCCUGGGUCUGGAAGCGAACCCGGGGCGGCAGCGGCAGCAGCAGCAGCGGUGGCGGGCCUUGGAGGAGUUGGUCGCAGCUCACGUGGACUCGUUCGACCAGGCGGUUAGCGAGGGGCUGGCGCGAGCCGUGCAGGCCAUUCCUCCAUUGGAGUUCAAUUAUAGAAAUGAACGGAUCAGCCUGGCCUUUAUGGAUGCUUUCAUCAGCCCUCCCAUGGUGUCAAAAGGUAGCAUUUGCAAUGACCUAAGAGUCUACCCAGCAGAGUGUAGAGGACGACGGAGUACUUAUAAGGGCAAGUUAACAGCAGAUAUCAGCUGGUCUGUGAAUGGUGUACCGAAGGGAGUUAUUAAACAGAGUCUUGGUUUGAUACCUAUUAUGGUAAAAUCGAAGCUCUGUAAUCUGUAUGGGCUUUCUCCUCAAGAUCUCAUUAAACACCACGAAGAAGCAGAGGAGAUGGGAGGAUACUUCAUAAUAAAUGGGAUAGAAAAAAUCAUUCGGAUGCUGAUUAUGCCACGACGAAAUUUUCCUAUUGCUAUGGUGAGACCCAAAUGGAAGAGCAGAGGCCCUGGCUUUACGCAGUAUGGCAUAAGCAUGCGCUGUGUGAAGGAUGAGCACACCGCCGUUAAUAUGAACCUCCAUUAUCUUGAUACUGGCACCAUAAUGGUCAACUUCAUUUACCAGAAGGAGCUCUUCUUCAUACCGCUCUGCUUUGCAUUGAAGGCAAUGGUUGAUUUCACAGACUACCAGAUUUACCAAGAGUUGAUUAAGGGAAAAGAGGACAACUCAUUCUUUAAGAGUUGUGUGGCACAGAUGUUAAGAACGGUGAUGAUGGAAGGAUGCACUACAAAGAAGCAGGUCCUGAAUUACCUGGGAGAACGAUUCCGUGUGAAACUUUAUCUCCCAGAGUGGUACACGAAUGAGCAAGCUGCAGAAUUCCUAUUUGAUCAGUGCCUCUGUAUCCAUCUAAAAUCCAAUGUAGAGAAGUAUUACUUACUCUGCUUGAUGACCCGGAAGCUGUUUGCAUUUGCCAAGGAAGAAUGCCAGGAAGAGAAUCCAGAUAGCUUAAUAAAUCAUGAAGUGUUGACCCCUGGACAGCUCUAUUUAAUGUUUUUGAAGGAGAAAAUGGAGUUUUGGUUACAGUCCACAAAAUUAGCACUGGACAAAAAGACCCAGAAAGGAACUAUGCAGAUUAAUUCUGAAAACCUAAUGAAAGUGUUUAAUUUAGUGGCAGAUCUGUCACGACCAUUUGAGUAUCUUUUGGCAACAGGAAACCUGCGUUCAAAAACUGGUCUGGGAAUGCUGCAGGAUUCGGGUUUGUGCAUUGUGGCAGACAAGCUCAAUUUUAUUCGAUAUCUUUCCCAUUUUCGCUGUGUGCACAGAGGAGCAGCCUUUGCUAAGAUGAGAACUACUUCAGUACGCAAGUUACUGCCAGAGUCCUGGGGCUUCCUGUGCCCUGUGCACACUCCAGAUGGAGAGCCCUGUGGGCUAAUGAACCACUUGACUGUCAUUUGUGAAAUUGUGACCCAGACAUCAAGUACAGUUUCUUUGCCAGCUUUACUCUGUGCGCUGGGUGUUACGCCAGUGGAUGGUAGACCCAUCAAGCCAUUUUCUGAAUGUUACCCAGUUCUGCUGGAUGGUGCUGUAGUUGGCUGGGUAGAAAAAGAAAUGGGACCUAGUAUUGCUGAGACACUACGCAAUUUUAAAGUGCUACAGUUGAAAAAAGUCCCUCCGUGGAUUGAAAUCGUUCUUAUUCCAAUGAUGAAUAAGCCCAGCAUUUAUCCAGGAUUGUACCUCUUCACCACUAUGAAUCGGAUGAUGCGGCCUGUCAGAAACCUGGCCUUGGGAAAACAGGAGCUGAUUGGGACUCUUGAACAGCUGUACAUGAAUAUUGCUAUCACUGAGACGGAUAUCUUGCCGGGAGUAACGAGCCAUCAGGAACUUUUUCCUCAUGCCAUGCUGAGUGUUGUGGCUAAUUUCAUCCCAUACUCUGAUCAUAAUCAAAGUCCUAGGAACAUGUAUCAGUGUCAGAUGGGCAAGCAAACAAUGGGAUUUCCGUUAUACACUUAUCCAGACAGGUCUGAUAAUAAACUCUAUCGCCUACAAACUCCUCAGAGUCCUCUCGUGCGACCGCACAUGUAUGACUUCUUUAAUAUGGAUAACUAUCCCACAGGGACAAAUGCUAUUGUAGCUGUCAUCUCAUACACUGGAUAUGACAUGGAAGAUGCUAUGAUUGUCAACAAGGCAUCCUGGGAGCGAGGAUUUGCCCAUGGAAGUGUUUAUAAGACUGAAAUGAUAGACCUUGAACAAAAGGUUAAGCAAAACGAUGGUAUCUUUGUGUUUGGUGUCAAACCUGGUGAUAAACGAGCAGCUCAGAAACUUGAUGACGAUGGAUUGCCGUUUAUUGGGGCUGUCCUGGAAUAUGGUGAUCCGUUUUAUAGUUAUGUGAAUCUCAACACUGGAGAUAGUUCUGUGGUGUACUACAAGAGCAAAGAAAACUGCAUUGUAGAUAACAUUAAAGUCUGUAGCAAUGACAAUGGAACAGCACUGUUUAAACGUGUGUGCAUCACUAUGAGGGUCCCUCGUAAUCCCACUAUUGGCGAUAAGUUUGCUAGUCGACAUGGUCAAAAGGGCAUCUUGAGUCGAUUGUGGCCAGCAGAGGACAUGCCGUUCACAGAAAGUGGAAUGACGCCAGACAUUCUGUUCAAUCCCCAUGGAUUCCCUUCACGUAUGACCAUUGGGAUGCUGAUUGAAAGCAUGGCAGGUAAGUCUGCUGCUAUGCAUGGCCUGUGCCAUGAUGCCACACCAUUCAUUUUCUCUGAGGAAAGUUCUGCCUUGGAGUACUUUGGGAAGAUGUUGCAAGCUGCUGGCUACAACUACUACGGUACAGAAAGGAUCUACAGUGGCAUCAGUGGGAUGGAGUUGGAAGCAGAUAUCUUCAUUGGGGUGGUUUACUACCAGCGCCUGCGUCACAUGGUAUCUGACAAGUUCCAAGUUAGAACUACUGGGGCGAGGGAUAAAGUGACGAACCAGCCUUUGGGAGGGAGAAAUGUCCAGGGUGGUAUUCGAUUUGGGGAGAUGGAACGUGAUGCUCUGUUGGCACAUGGAACGUCCUUUUUGCUUCAAGAUCGCCUGUUCAAUUGCUCCGACCGUUCUGUAGCCCAUGUGUGCACCAAGUGCAGCAGCCUUCUAUCGCCAGUACUGGAAAAGCCCCCACCAUUGUGGUCUGCCACACGUCACAGGAAGUACCAGUGUACUCUGUGCCAUCAGUCAGGUACCAUUGAGAUUGUCUCUGUGCCUUAUGUUUUUCGAUACUUUGUAGCUGAACUGGCAGCGAUGAACAUUAGUGUUCAACUUGACGUGAGAUGAUAUGACAGAUUCACUUUCGUGGUUUUUAAAUUAAGUGAAUUUCACUCAGUCUGUCCAUUUUAUACAGUGUGUGAGCUAAGGUGACAUCUGGUAAUAACUGCUGUGCUGAAAGAUCAGUGAAACUAUUUCAAACUGAUUUAUAUUUAGAUCUUGCUAUCGACUCUUGGUGGCAGCACAUGCACUGGUAUUUCAUGGAAUUUGUCUCCGAAUUAUGUUACUUUUGACUGAAUGUAAAUAACAAACCAGAGGUUACAUUUAUCAGAGGACCUUUUGGGUGAAUUGUAUACUACACCAUAAUAUUGAGACUUUAACAUGAUUUAAUUUUGUUGUCCUAAAAGAAAUUGCAGUCUCAAUGCACAGUCUGAAAUCUAAGUUAUGAAGGUCUGAGGAGUGCUGCUAUGCAAAGAGCUCAACAAUAAAUAUCAUUUAUUUUUGAAGAAAAAUUGCCUUUACUCUCCUUUUUUGAAGCAUUAUUUGUGUCAGAAGUGCUCCUUCUGAUCCACUUGAGCUCAUUCUUAAAUUUGAGCUUUGGCACUUUAAAAGAGACUGUUUACUACAAUGAGCCGUUUUCUCUUUUGGAUCUUCAUUACCUCCCUGGAUGGAGUUUGAU